AUGUCUCCCAAGUCGCAAACACCGUGCAAAUACUACCUCCGCUCCAGCUGCUACCGCGGCAGCACCUGCUCCUACCUGCACACCCCCGCCUCUGCCUCCGCCUCCGCCUCCACCCUCUGCCCCACGGCCACCCCCUUCAUCCCCCCCUGCCGCUUCGCCGCCGCAGGCUACUGCAGCCGCCCCCGCUGCCCCUACAAACACCCUCCCACACCGCCGCUCUCCCCGCCCCCCCCACCACCAACAACCCUCACCACAACCCUCGCAAACCACACCAUCACCUUCGGCCCCGGCCUCUCCAUCCUCUCCACCACCCCCACCCUUCCCGCCACCCUCCACAUCCACGGCCUCACCCCCACCACCACCACCCCCACCGCCCUCUCCAUCCUCCUCUCCCCUACUCCCCCGAAAACAUCAAACUCACCCCCACCCACGCCUCCGCCCACAUCCCACAGCACCACCUCCCCGCCGCCCUCCAAGCCCUCCACGCCUCCCGCCACGCCAACGGCCGCAUGA